AUGACUGCAGGAAGUAAGAAUAUAGAGACUGUGAAUGAGCUUUACGCUAAACUCUACAAAGAGGCUGAAAAGAUCAAAUGUUGGAAAGUGACUGUAGAAGCCGAACUGAAGCAGAAGGAGAGAAAAUUGCAAGAGAAUAGAAAGAUUAUAGAAGCACAACGUAAAGCCAUUCAGGAGUUACAGUUUGAAAAUGAAAAACUAAGUUCGAAACUGGAAAAUGAGAUAUGUGAAAAUAAGGAUCUUCUGAAAGAAAACAGCGCUACAAGGCAUUUGUGCAAUCUACUCAAGGAAACCUGUGCUCGAUACACGGAGAAGUCCAGCAAAUAUGACCAUGAAAGAGAAGAAACCAGACAAUUCUGUAUGGAACUUAAUAAUAAUAUUGAGGGGUUGAUCCUGGCUUUUGAAGAACUUCAUGUAAAAGCAGAGAAUUCCAGAUUGGAAAUGUGCUUUAAGUUAAAGGAAGAGGCGGAAAAAGUAGAGAAGCUUGAAAACAAAUACAAAAUGGAAAUACAUAUCAAGGAAAAGCAGGUGACAGUUCUGACUGUUCAAAGUGGUGAAAAAGAUAAUAUUAUCAGAGACAUCAACAUUCAGUUGCUGGAAUCAAAAGAUAAAAUUACUGGAUUAGAAGAAACAUCAAAACAUCAAAAAGAAAUGUUAGAAGAAUCACAGACCAGACAAGACCAUUUGAUGAGAGAACUGGAAGAAGCUAAAGUUUAUUUGCAAAAAGCAGAGACUACUCAGAAGAAUUUAGAAACUGAUUUACAGACUGCAAUGGAAACAAUAAUUCAAGUCACUGGAGAAAAAGCAGCACAAAUGGAAAAACUUACAGAAACCAAGGCUCUGCAUACAUCAGUGGUUGAUGAAUUUGAAAUUGCUAUUGCUAACUUGAAAGAGUUGCUGGAAAGAGAACAAAAUAGAUUGACGAAACUUGAAGAUGAGUCAGAAAUACUUGCUUCAGACCUCCGUAAGAAAUCUACUGAACUGGAUGAAAUAGCCAAACUGAAAUGUGACAAAGAAGCACAACUUGAAAACCUAACAGAAGCCUUGGAAAGAUCAGUCAAAAUUCAAAAAGAUCUGAAGCAGCAGCUAACAUAUGAGCAAUCAGAAAAAAUAAAAUUAAUACAAGAGAAGGCAAUUGGGGACUCUGACCACACAGAAUUUAAGAAACAGGUUGAAGGACUUUUAGCUGAAAAGAAGCAUCUGGAGACCACUUUGGAAAAAUUACAAGAUGAAAACAAAGAGAUGAAGGAUACUCUUAAAGUCAGAGAGAAAAAAAUACUUGAUUUAGAAGCACAGUUAACUGGUGCUGUUGAAAAUGACCAAAAAUAUUUAAAAGAGAUUGCAGCAUUGAAUGCAGAGCUUGAGAAAGAGAUGCUAAAGAAUAAGCAACUAAACAUGGACUGCAAUAAAAGUUUUUUAGAAAAAGAACAAAUAGCACAAGAAAAGAGGGAUGUAAUUACAGAGCUGAAGAAGCUUCAAGAAGACCGUAAGGAUAACAAAAAGAAGGAACGCCAGAGUGAGGAAAUGAUAAAAAACCUGGAAGAAACAAACAGUAUGCUAAGAAAGGAACUGGAGUCUAUGAAGGAGAAAAUGAAAACGAAAAGUGAAGAGAUUAAACAUAAACUGGAUGAAAAUGAAGAAAAUACUAGAAAUAUUGAAAGUGAAAUUUCGAGAAAGGAAAAACAAUUGAAGAUGCUGGAAAAUAAGUUUAAUAACUUAAAGAAACAGCUUGAAAAUAAAACUAAGUGCAAUGAAGAGUUUCAGCAAGAGAACAAGAUGUUGAAAAAGAAAAUAGCAGCAGAAAGUAAGCAAUCCAGUAAAUAUGAAGGAAAGGUGAAUAAGUUACAGUUAGAGCUGGAAAAGAUAAAUUGUCAAUAUAAGGAAACAGUUGACAGCUAUCAAAAAGAACUUGAAGCAAAAAAAGCCACCAAAGAAAAACUUCUGGAAGAAGUAGAAAAGCUGAGGUUAUUAGCUGAUGAAGCGGUGACAAUGCAGAAAGAAUCUGAUAUUCGCUGUCAGCACAAGAUAGCUGAAAUGGUAGCACUUAUGGAAAAGCACAAGCACCAAUACGAUAAAAUGGUUGAAGAAAAAGACACGGAAUUAAAAUGCUUUAAGACAAAAGAACAGGAACAAACAUCAACCAAAAGAACUUUGGAACAUGAACUAUCCUGUGUGAAAAGUGAAGUAGCAUCUCUUAAGGAACAGCUUCAAGUGGAGAUUGAAGAAAAGGAGAAGCUUGCAAAAGUAAAAGAAAAUGUGUUUCCUGAAAAAGAAAAAAAUCACAAGAAAACACAAACUUCCCUUUUGGAGACUCCUAAAAGCAGCUUAAAUCUUGACUCAGCUCGUUCAAAAAACACUUUAACCCACAAUUUCACACCUGCUAAUAUGAACAUUUUGGAAAACAAAGAGCUAUCAUCUUCCACACCAGCUAAAAGUAUUUUGGGCACUCCAUCAUUAAAGACAUAUACUGUGAAGACUCCCCCAAAAUAUAAGUUGCAAGGAGAAGGCCCAAGCCCACUGUUAGAAGGAGGCCUGAAGAAAAAGAGAAAAGUGGUUUUAGAGCUGGAUACACAGUCAGAUAGCUCAGAACACAAUGACCUCUUGAGCAUUGUUGCUGAGGAACAAAUGUUCAAAAAACUAUAUAAAGAUUAUCCUCAAGCUUCCCGCUUACAUGGCAUGACACCAAAAAAGGUAUCAACCCCAUCAACCCUAAAAUCUCCUGGGUCUGCACUGAAACUUACAGCUAUAAGAAAAAUGCGAGAGGCUGGAUGGACUGCAGUUUCUAGAGUGGACAGGAAAAAAAAAAUGAAAGAAGCUGAAAAACUCUUUGCCUGAAAUUUAAAAUUGAGCAAUGUCCUAGGAUUAUUCAGUUCAUAUAAACCUUAAAGUAGAAACCGAUUAAUCCUACACAAUUAAUACCUUGCCAUUGACUUUCAUGUAACUUUGUAUGACCACAAUUGUCCCCCAAAGACUUUCCACAUGGCCAAAACUAGACAAGCCCAGAGGGAAUAUGGCUUGCUUUGUUUGUUUUGAAAAUUAAUAAAACCAAAAAUAAGAGUUGUUCAGAGACAUUUAAAUAAACUCGGGUUUUAUUUGUUUAAUGUUUACUUUCCCUUUUUCAGCAGAAUAUCCAUAAAAGGUUUUGUUUCAUGAUGUUUGAGAUUGUUAAAAUGCAUCAGUUUUAUUCAGCAUUUUAUUUUAACACAACUCUUACGUUUAAUGGUUUUUUAUAUGUUGCGCGCACACACGCACACACCUUGUUGAACCAUUCUUUUAGCGUAGCAGGUUUGUUUGCAGUUGUACGUGUUUCAGCAUUUUGAACAUUUAAGUGUUGAGCUUUUAACAAAUACUGAGUUAGGUCUUACUACUUUUGCUUUCCUGGAGCCUAGCUUUAUGCCAGAUAUGAUAUGUCAGUUUAUUUUUUUCAGACUAAUGAAAUCUGAAAGCUGUAUACUCAAUAAACAGUUGAUCAGAA